AUGCCCAGCCGGGACCCAAAGAGUUACGUCAAAUCUGUUCCGCUGCCGAUACCAAGUCAAAAAGGCCUCAAGCUCCAGGCCAGGUGUGACUCGUUCCUCAACCCCUACACGCCCACCAGAGAGGAAGUCUGGAAGUGUAACUAUGACCGCAGGAAACAGCAGCUGUCUGAGCAGGGGUUCUAUGCCCAUAUUCAUCAGCCUUAUAAGGCAGUUGGUGACCCAGUUUACCUGGACAACAGGGUGAUGGUGCUGAGUACUCUUGGACAAUGGGAUGAGAAUGAACAGAGCAGGGCAGUAGUGGCUGUGGAACCUACUACAGAGCCAGAGCCUCCAUCACUGAUGGCAUUCCAGGAUGCUGCACAGGUCACUGUGAAUGUAGCAAAAUUCAUUUUAAAGAGGACAAAAAAAGAUUUAAAUACUUUGAAUAAAGAAGUUGUGAAAGGGAGGGCAAUGAUUCGAAAUGUCCAACUCGGCCAUGGUCUGUUUCACAUGAUAAAACAAGAACGAUACUCCAAGAAAGCAGCUAAGGAAGCUGAAUUGAAGAGAAAAUUAGAGCGCUCCCGCACAGAAUGGCAACCUCCUAGAGUAACUAGUUCUAGUGAUGAAGAUACAGAGCCAGAAGACGAUUUAGAGAGGGAUUCUGAUCUAGAGAAUUACAUUGACAUGAACUUCAGUGAUGAUGAGGAUUCAGAUAGGGGUGUUCCAUCAUCUUCUGGGAAGACAGAUGCAUCUAGCAGUGCCCUAAGGAGGGGUCAUCUACCAGUUUCAGCCAAGCCAUCAACAACACGCAUGCUGGAGAAGAAGAAGAAGAAACGCCUACUCAAUGCACGACCUUUUACGCCCAUGCACACCAACCUCACAGAUGCUUUUUCUAAUAAGGAUGACAUUUCAAGUUCUGCAUUGUUCCGUCAGUUGUGUUCUCUCUGCUGGAUACUAGAUGCUAUGAAUAUAGAACAGAACUGUUAUAUGGGGCCUAUAUCUACAUGCUGGAAGCUUGUAGAGCAAGAAAUUGGUGGCUUGAAAAUAAAAAAAAAUAAAGAGAAGAGAGCAGAAACAUUGGAUUGGGACAAAUGGCUGAGUAAUUCUAACAUUAACAAGACUGGCAAAAAAAUCAGCGUCACAAGAUUCCACAGAUUUUCUCGCUCCACGAAAUUUUUAGCCAACCCACGGAUGUCAUUACAACCUAGUCUUAGCCCCAGCAGUUCCUCAUCACAGGUGAACACAUUAGGCGGGGCACCACAGUACAACCCUAGGGAUCAGCUGCCUGACAGCAGGUCUGAGACACCCCAGCCUCUUUCUGAAAGUAGGACAGACACGCCCCAAGAUCUAGAAGAAGACUCAGCUCACAAAUUAAGUGUGUUUAAAUUUCUUGACGAAUAUUAUGAUAGCCUGCGCAGAGAAGCCCAAAAGGAAGAAGAAAAGCUGAGAGCUGCUGGAGCAGAAGUUGAAGCUGCUCCAGCAGACCCAACACUUGCAACAAAUGACGGGCAAAAACAAACAAUCGAGGCCACAUCUUUACCAAAAGUACAAAACAAAUUAAACCUGCCAGCAGACCAACAGGAGGAAUCUAAAGAUUCUGACUCAAACGUCACACAUAAAAGUCCAGCAGAAACACACAAGCAGGUGGAACUGAGUGAGAAAUACAUGCAUCUCAAUAAAAAUCUCCACAACAAAUUUAAAGAGGUGCAAGAUGAAAAAGCCAUGACCUUGCAUGAUAUACUGGAGCAAAUGGACAGGGAGAGAUUGGCAAAAUGCCAAAACAAAUUUACCUGCCUGAAAACAAAGCACCUCAGCUUCCACAGGGCAGUGGAUGCCAUGAGGAAAAAUGGGGACAGGAUGGUGGUGAGACCGGAGGAUCUCAGACGACAGUCAUCCUUCAGGGGAAGCUGGUAUACAGAUUUAAUCAACAGCCUUCCAGUUGAAGUAAAAGAUUUAUGGUAUUACAAAAUAGUCAUUCAAAAACUUGGGAAAUAUGGACUGGUGAUGAAUGAAGAUGAAGGAGUGGAGAGUUCAAGCAAACAAAGUGUUCUGAAAUUCCUGAAGGUUCUGGAAGGCCUGAGGCACUGGGAGAUCUGCAACCCUGACAUCUCGGCCGCCAUCGAGUUCUGCCGGGCUAGAAUAGUGGACAUGUCCGUGGACGAUUACGAGGUGUGGUUCACCCAAGCUUUUCCCAAAAUACCCCGGCCAAAAACAGCGCCAGUGAGUUUAAAAAAUGUGGCAUCUGUUCUCUCAAUGCUGGACUCCAACAGGACAGGUGGGAUACAUGGCGACGGGUUUGGUGCCAGAGACUUUGGGGGUGCCAAAAGUAGCUUGUCUAUGCCUGGUGCUCCCAGUGGUAAAGUCAGACUCGUCCACUCAGCUUUCAUCAAAAGGCGAUAAAUUCAGAUCGUAUAAUAAAAUAGUAUAUUAAAAUCAUACCGAUGUAUUUGUAACAUAAAAUGUGUUAAAAUUAUACCGAUGAAUUUGUAUUUAAAAUGUAUAUACAUCAAUUUAAAAGUUAAUUUUGUUUUAUUUUAGUUGAUCUCUUAUUAAAUUAAAAUGUCUUUUUUGUGCCAUACAAUGGUAGUCUCAAGAAUAUUGACAUUUUUAAUGUACCUUUUUUAUAUUAAUAAUUUAUUAUUUUAUAUAGCAAGAAUGUUAAGCCAUAUUGUACCAGCUUAUUUCUAUUGUUUAACAUUAUUUUCAAAGUUCUUCUCUAGCCUGAGAAUGUGAUGUUGUAUAAAAAAACAAUUUCAUUAUUUGGAAGCUGUGAUAUUUUUUAUAAGCCUUUACAACUAUUCUAUUCCUUACAGCCAAAUUCCCUAUUUAUAUUUUUAGUAUGAAAUGUAUUGUGUAAAAAAAAAUAUUUAAAAUAAAACUAUUAUUCAAAGGUUUAUUCUAAAAAUUUAAGGGUUUAAUAAAAAUGAGGCAUGGUGUAAGCCCAGUUGAAAGUAUUUUCUGUGCAAAAAAAAUCUACUGAUUGAGGUUGUGUGUCUGGCUAAAACCAGAUUCACUUAAAGGGCAAAUAACGGACUACAAACCAUACUAUCUUGCAUGCUUGUGGGAAGACAUGGUUGAGCCCCUGUCCUUGCAGCACAUCAGUCUAGGUUAAAAUGUCCACAUUUAUUAGAAUUCUCACCCCAGACAUGGUGCAUCCAGCACAAUGAUAUCUGGACCAUGCUAUUUGCAUGCUGUGAUCAUAUUUAUUUCAUCAGAUCUAUUUAACUCUCAGUUUGACUCUCCCUAUACUGACCAUGACUUCAAAUUUUUAUAUUGACAAUCACUUUCAAAUUAAGUUACAGCAUUAAUUGUGAGUUGAUUUUUUAUUUUAUUUACCAUCUACCAGCAGUCUUCAAAAUUGAAUGUCCUUAAAAGCCUACAUUUUAAGAGCAUCUUCAUUCUGUAUUUACAAUAGUUGAAUUGAUGUUUAUUAUCUUAAUGUGGGACCAUGACUAAACUGUUCUUGAAAACAGCUGUGAUGUAUAGUUUAAUCUUUUACUCAUGUGCAUUAUAUUUAUAAACCAAAAGUUAUUCACUUAUAGUAGACUGUCCAAAUUACAAAGAGUUGGGCAAAAAAAAAAUUUCAACAUCAUGCGGCCAAUAUUCCUAGGCCAAUAUUCCUAU